CCUGCCCCCCCCCCCAGGUAGAGCUAAGAUGGCCCCAGCCUGUGAGCAGCUGCAAUUCCGCUUCCCUAGUUACGGGGACGGGGUGCUGCGCCGCAUGGACCAGCUGCGGGAACAGCGGCGCUUCUGCGACGUGACGGUGCAGGUGAAUGAGCUGCGGGUCCCCGGGCACCGGGUGGUCUUUGCCGCCUGCUCCCCUUUCCUGCGGGACCAGUUCCUGCUCAAUGACUCGGAAGAGGUGUCCUUCUCACUCUUCCAGAGCUCUGAGAUCGGGCGCCAGCUUCUGCUCUCCUGCUACACGGGGUGCCUGGAGGUGCCCGUCAAGGAGCUGGUCAACUACCUGACGGCCGCGUCCUUCUUGCAGAUGGGCCACGUGGUGGAGUGCUGCGCCCAGGCCCUCUCCCACUACUUAGUCCCCAAGGCAGACGCCCUGCUGCAGGAGGAGGAGGAGGAGGGAAACUGCUUACAGCAGGACGGGGAGGAGGAGGAGGAAGAGGAGAAGUACUGCCCUUCUGCAUUCAAGGGGGAGGCGGACUCUGAGAAAGGCAGAACGGAGGGUCCCGAGUUCACCCCUUGCAGCUCCUCUUCUCCAGCGAUCUCGCUCUCACUGAUCAACUCAGCCGUGGAAAUCACCCGCAGCUACCUGCAGGGCUGCUUGGACGAUGAGACGGGCGGCAAAGGCCUUCCUUUCCCGCCCCCAGUCCCUGCGCCGGGCUCCCAGUGGAGGCGCUACUCCUUGCCCUGGCACCGCCGCAGCGCGGCCGCAGCUUACAGGGACUGGAGGCCAGGGGUCGGGGCGGCGGGGUGGAAGGUGCCCGGGCUGGAGCGCCCGUAUCGGUGCCCGCGCUGCAACCGCGUUUUCCAGCAGCUGGGCCACUUUGUGAGCCACGUCCAGGAGCACAAGCUCUUCCUGUGCCUGCGCUGCGGCAAGGUCUUCUCGCAGAAGAGCAACCUGACGCGGCACAUCCGGGUGCACACCGGCUUCAAGCCCUUCCAGUGCCCCGUCUGCCACAAGUGCUUCACUCAGAACGCCACCCUGCAGGACCACCUCAACCUGCACAGCGGCCUCAAGCCCCACCGGUGCAACUACUGCGACAUGCACUUCACCCACAAGCCGGGCCUGCGGCGCCACCUCAAGGAGAUGCACGGCAAGAGCACCUUCGAGAACAGCCACGAAGAGAUCGAAGAGGUCACCAUUGACUUUGAUUGAUGGGAGG